AUGGCUGGCAGAGGCAGGGGGCGAGGGAUGGCCCACGCCCCUGAAGCGCCAGACCCGAAUGACAGCGUGAUCAAGGCGUUGUUGCAGCUUCAGGAGGACGGGGACCUCACUAGGUUCCUGGAAGUGGCCGCAGUAGACCUGAACCAGGAGAUAGCCGUUGCCAAGUACCGAAAGACGACUCCCUUCGAUGCUCUCUUGGAGGGUUUGAGGAAGGCCGGAUCCUUGGCCGCUGCUUCGGGCGUGGAGACGAUCCGAAGGGCCGUGUCCGAGCUGGGCGCGCAGUGGACAGUUCCCAGCUUCCUGAAGCUGCUCCGCGGCCUCAUCGAGCUCCGCGCCGUGAAUCUGGCCUUGGGCCGGGAGCUCGUGGACUUCGCCGUGGGAACGGGCGCGCGCUGGGACCCCGGGGAGGACUUGAAUGUGAAUCGAAAUGAAGUCGCCUUCCAGGCCAUGGUGCCUCUGCUCCUGGAUGCCGAGCUUCUGGACGAGCCUGCUUCCAUGGAACUGUUGGAGAGAUCUUUGGCAGAGUGUCGGCUGCAGAAUGUCAUGGGAGUCAUGUUGGAGGGCGGUGGGAACAUCUUCUCCGAGCUGGUUCGCGAUGCAAUCUGCUGGGGCGUCUUGGGAACGCCGACAGGGGAUGCCCUCAUCAAUCUCGCGAUGGCGCACGGGGCCGACUGGGCCUCCCUGGACGGCUGGAGCCAGACCCCCUUCGAGGAGAUCCCCCGCUUGGCGUUGAGAAGAAACCCAAAGCACAAGACCACGAUGUCGCCGGAGGCCGCACUGGCUUAUGCCCGCAAGGUGCUGGAGACUCAUCCACAGCCGGGUCUCUUGUGGAACGGUUCGAGGAAGACGCGGGCGGAGGACGAGAUUUUUGAGUCCCAGGGAGCCUUUCUUCCUCUGCUCAGCGCUUUGGCCGCGGAGCAGCGAGUUGGGGAGGCGAUCUCUGGGAAAUGGUUGACGAUGGCAGAGGAGACUGGGGCCAGGAACCUCAUGAAAUGGAAGAUCUGGCAGAUCGGCCGGGUCAGUACUUUCCACUCCUUGGUGCAGGACCUUGCGGUGGCGGGCGCCUUAGAUCACCCCGAUGGGGUGGACAUCGUGGCCCGGGCUCUGGAAAAUGGCGCCGACUACCGCAUCGACGAUCCAGAGCCUCCCGGGCCGAAACGUGUCGUGGUGGAUAUUCCGGAGCUGGUGUGGAGCUGGCGCAGGGAGACCGUGCGCCUCUUGGCGCUGCUGGCCUCUGGAAGGGCCGUCCCCUGCCAGUCGGGAGAUCUGGUGGCUUGCAUGGUUGCGCUGGCCCAGUUCGUGCAGGGGGCGGCGCACGCUUCAGCUCUGCAGGUUCGGCAUCCCAUCGUGAAGUCGAUACUGGGAUUUCUUCCUCGUGUCCCGCCAGUGCUGGGUUACGAGUUCACGGGCUACAACGGGGUGGCACACCAUCCGCAACCCGUUCGUUGA